GGCGGGAGCGCCAAGCCGAAGAGGCCCAAGGAGAAGCGGGACAAGGAGAGGAGGAAGCAUGGGGCCCUGCCCGUGGUCGCGGCGGUGGGAGAUGGCGGCGGGGCCCUGAGUGCAGCAGCCCGGGAGGAGAACGGGGAGGUGAAGCUGCAGCUGCCGAAAGCUCAAAUCAAAGACAAAAUUAAAGAAAGGGAAAAGAAGCAAAAAGAGAAGAAGAAGCACAAAAUAAUGAAUGAAAUCAAGAAAGAAAAUGGAGAGGUCAAAUUAUUGCAGAAAGGUGGGAAGGAGAAACCGAAAACCAAUGCAGAAGAGCUACAGAUUAAAAAAGUUAAGAAGAAAAAGAAAAAGAAACAUAAAGAGAAUGAGAAGAGGAAGCGUCCAAAAAUGUACAGCAAAUCCAUUCAGACCAUCUGCUCAGGACUGGUUUCUGAUUUUGAGGAUCAGGAAGCCAAAGGCAUCAUAGAUGAUCAUCUUAAGGAUUUCAGUGGGAAAAAUGUGGAUCCCAAGAAGGACUGUGAGUCCAAGAUACCAGAGAACAGUGAGUUUCCAUUUGUCUCGUUAAAGGAGCCACGGGUUCAAAAUAAACUCAAAAGGUUGGACACAUUGGAGUUCAAACAGCUGAUUCAUAUUGAGCACCAGCCUAACGGAGGUGCAUCAGUUAUCCAUGCCUACAGUAAUGAACUCUCCCACUUAUCUCCUGUGGAGAUGGAGAGAUUUGCAGAAGAGUUUGUGGGUCUGGUUUUUAGUGAAAAUGAAAACUGUGCAGCUUACUAUGUUAUGGGUAUUGUUCAUGGGGCAGCUACUUAUUUACCUGACUUUUUAGACUACUUUUCGUUUAAUUUUCCCAAUUCACCAGUGAAAAUGGAGAUUUUGGGAAAGAAAGAUAUAGAGACAACGACUAUGUCAAAUUUUCAUGCUCAGGUAAAAAGAACAUACUCUCAUGGUACGUAUAGAGCUGGCCCAAUGAGACAGAUCAGCCUGGUUGGAGCAGUUGAUGAGGAAGUGGGGGAUUACUUCCCUGAAUUCCUUGAUAUGUUGGAAGAAUCACCCUUCUUAAAAUGUACACUGCCAUGGGGAACACUUUCUAGUUUAAAAUUAGAGAGUCGUAAAGACAGUGAUGAUGGUCCCAUUAUGUGGGUGCGUCCAGGAGAACAAAUGAUCCCUGUGGCUGACAUGCCAAAGUCACCUUUCAAAAGGAAGAGAACUACCAAUGAAAUAAAAAAUUUGCAGUACCUACCUCGAACCAGUGAACCCCGUGAAAUGCUAUUUGAAGACCGGACACGAGCCCACGCAGAUCACAUAGGACAAGGUUUUGAACGACAGACUACAGCUGCUGUGGGAGUACUGAAGGCUGUGCACUGUGGAGAGUGGUCUGAGCAGCCUCGUAUAACCAAAGAUGUAAUUUGUUUUCAUGCUGAAGACUUCUUAGAGGUAGUUCAGCGAAUGCAAUUAGAUUUGCAUGAGCCUCCACUCUCACAGUGUGUCCAGUGGGUUGAUGAUGCAAAACUUAAUCAACUGCGAAGGGAAGGCAUUCGAUAUGCCAGAAUUCAGUUAUUCGAUAAUGACAUUUACUUUAUCCCAAGGAAUGUUGUGCACCAGUUCAAAACGGUUUCAGCUGUGUGCAGUUUGGCUUGGCACAUCCGGCUCAAACUAUAUCAUUCAGAGGAAGAACUUUCUCAGAAUACAAGUACUGUUGAAGCAGGGACCUCUGCAGACACCAAGUCUUCGGUUAUUGGACUUCAGACUGACAGCAGAAUUUGUACGAUGAGCAAAAAUACCUCUGAAGACACCAAAUUUUCAGAUGCUCUGCAGACAAAGUACCUGCAGCAGGAAUUUAUGCCGAUAAAACAUGAACCUAUCACAUCUCACCGAAUAAAAGAAGAAUCCAUGAAUGUUGAUCUUGCUGAAAAAACAGUGGCACCUAAUGACGUCGGGGGCCAGAAUGUUCAGGCUAGAUUGGAUCACGUUGAGUUGACAGCAUUUAAGUUGGAAAUGGAUUCUAAAUUUGAACCUGGCAGCAAGGACUUACAAGGCAAGUUAUGCCCUGGAGGUCACAUACAUCCGGAUGAUACAAGACAACAUAGUUCAUCAUAUCCAAAACUGCAUGGACAAAGAGAGGAUGAUUUUUUGUGCUAAAUUUGUAUAUAUGGUUUUAAAUUCCUUUUUAAACUUAAUGAUGUAAUAAUGUAAAGAUUCAUAAAUUCUGUGAGGCAAGUUUGUGACUUGCCUUUGCAUCUGUUACAGAAAAUAGUUAUGUAGCUUUGUAACAUUCCUCAGUGCCUGUCCAUAACUGUGAAGUAUCAAAGCACUUAGGGCCAGAUGCACUGUAAACACUGCAGGUUUAACAUAAAGAAGUCUUUAAAUAAUUUUGAGUUGUAGGUUUUAGAGUAGAGCUGACAUUUAACAUAUAUAUUUUUUGUAAGAUGAGCCAGAAUUCUUUUUGACAAUUCCAGGCUUUUCCAUAGAGCUUAUUUAUACCAAUUUUUUCAUUUUAAAUGUGUCAGCACUGUAGUGUAAAUAUCUUUUUUAAAAAUCUUUUUAGUGUGAUUUAUACUGAAAUGUGAGCCACUUAAUAAAGGUUCAUAAUAACAGAUUGGUUUUAUUUUUGGGUCUGCAAAAAAUAAUUCAGUUAAACUGCCUCUCUAAACUGUUGUGUUUCUACCUGCACUAAUGCAUAGGAUGAUGCCCUUACGCCAUUGUGGGGUGAGGAGCUGUAGCAAACUGAGGUAGAGCUGAGGCAUUCUUUGUAAAUGGAGAUUAGUCAGAACACAAAAUCAGUCCUUCCUGCACAGGAUUUCUUACAGUUACUCAUCAAAGGCACUCCCCAAACUCCUGCUGUCAGAUGUUAGUGUGGAACAGAGAGGCAAAACCUUCCUCUGUGGUGGAGGACAGUUGGACACCCAGUGGACUCCAGGAGCACUACCAGUAACUGUCUGCAUCUCUCGAGAUAAGCUGGUGCAAGGGAGCAAACUCCUUUCUAUGCUUGCCACUUCCACCUCCUCAAGCCACAGUUAAAGACAGUUCCAUUUCAUGUUAAACCCACACAACAACAACCACCCCUAAAUUUAAAUCAGUUGUAUGACUAAAACUUAAAAAAAUAUAAAUGGUUACUUACCAAGCUAUAAGGGGCUCAACUUAAGCAGUGAUCUGUAAUACAGAGAGACACAUUUGGAUUUGAAUUACUCCCUAUGCUGAUAGCAUUGGGCAAUUAAGAUAGUUGCCAGCGUGUCUGGUAGGAUGAUUGCUCCUGAGUCCCAGUUUGGAAGCAAGAGUUAUUUCAUUAAGAAAAUAAGUGAUGUCCAAGUUAACUGUCCUCUUGCCCCACCUGUGGAAUGCUUUCAGUCUCUUAAGCUCUGUUCUGAGGGAAGAGGAUUUCAAGACUAGCUAGCAUCUGAUGUAGUAGUGGCAAAAACUCUGUCAUUUAACUUAUUUAAUUCUUUCUGUAACAUAUUACUGUAUAGUUCAAACGCAUCUGAAUAUUUCUUUUUUGGGUAGCUACAAAUAGUAGUAAACUGUCCUGCAGCCAGUCUUUCAACUGUUUAAAAUUUAAGAUCCUAGGCCUGUUGUUAUUUCCAAAGCCUUCUGUAUCUCUUUUUUUAUUUUGCCCUGUAACUUUCAGAAAGUUGUACAUCCUUAUGUACCCAGUUUAUAACCUUUAAUGCACUUAGUGAUUACUUUGACUUCUAGCAAUAGAACAAUGUGAUUUCCAGGUGAUACCUAAUUGAACUACCUGAGGUCCUUUUGUUGCAAACAUUUUUUGCUUAUAGGUUGUUAAAAUUCAAAAUGUUACUGUGUACUUAUGCCUGGCACUAAAAGCAGCCAAUUAACAGAUGAGUGCUCUGAUUUGUUUAAAUCAAAAAUACAUCUGUCAAGGAAUUAUUAAUUAAAUCAAUAUUUGAAUUGCUAAGCAUUACUCCUACAUAGCCAUAAUCACAUACUAGAGAAGCAAUAGAAACACGAGUCUCUUGGAUGUGGCUAAUAUGUCCUUAAGUCUUACUGCUAUUUUCUUUAAUGCGGACUGAGAGAUUACCACCAGAUUUGCAGCCAGAUUUGCAGCCUCAGGGAUCUUGCUUUCUUCUCACGCCAUGAGCAAAUGAUUCAUGUGUGACAUGGUAAGUUAUUACUCUAACAGAUUCUGAUUGGAAAAAUUAACUCGUUCAUGUAAAAAUUUGAGCCUUCCUGAUAGAAAUGUGGUCUCAUCUCCUUUUGUUUUCUGGAUUAUCUGGAAACUUCCACCCAUAAUCUCUUUGGUUUUAUGAACAUCUGUACACAAUUAUGUAGCCUUCCAUUCCCAUUCUCUAUGCAGCCAUUGGAGAACAGUAAAAGAGCUGCAGGUCUUAGUUUGCACCAAGCAUGCAGCUUUCCAAGUGGGUUAGCAGAAGGCUUCAGAUUUAUCAAACCCAGCCUUGCCAGAUACCGCUUUUCUUUGAAAAAAAACCAAAACACCAAACCAACAAAACAACAAACAAACCAAACCCACAAACUGACUAUUUAGUUUUUUUUAAAAAAUAAUCUUAACUUUUAUGUUGGUGGUCUGUAUGUGGAUCAUUCAUUCUUGUUCAAGUAUUUUUUCAAUCUGUCAGAUUUUAGUAAAGUGUAUACAUCCCCCUUGACAGCAAACAACUUUCUGCAUCCUUGACGCUGUCCAGACUGAAAAAAUACAUAUUUGAAAAGUAUUUAACAAAUACAACUUUACACUUGAGUAGAACUUUGUUUCCUUUUAAAGACCUGCUCAGUGGUCUUGGCUGAUAUUGCUGCAGACUUCUGCUCAGGUAUGUCUUCGUUCUGGAAUUCCGUUUCUAAGCUACCUGAAUCUUCAACCCAUUUUUUUCUUUUUUUAUAACUUACUAGAAUUCUAAGAGAUUAAAAAAGUGGCAGUUUUUUGCAGUUUUUAUGCAUCCUUUAUUUUUUACUUUUGAGACAGAUUAGAUUCUCAUUUUUAGACAGAACUCCUUGUAGACAGAGUAUGAACAGAAUAUGGGAUUACCAAUGGCUAUCAGAACUCCUUUUGAAUUCAAAGGUGUAAAACAGUCUGGGUCGACUGGCUGUAUUAAGUGUAUGCUUCUUAUUUUGCUUUUUUUAAAAAAAAAAAAAGUUUUUGUCCUUUACCUGUGGUGUAUUUGUUUUGAUGCAGUUGCUCUUUAAGAGGGGAGUACCUUUUCUGAGAAUUUCAGCUCCCAAAUUGUUCAUUAGUCUGACAAAGGUUUUGCUUUGGUUUCAAGUGGUCCUAUGCUAUAACCUUUAUUCCUGCCGCAUACAACUUCCUAUUCAGAUUUUUUGCUUCAGCAAUAAAUUUUUCAUGCCUUCUGAUGUACUGAAACUAGUCUUUGCUUAUUGCUUUUUUUCUCCUCCCUGGAUUUCAGUUAUAUAUAAAUCUUUCUGUUGUUUCGGCUGAAAUCUCCAGUGUUUUAGCUGUCUCUCUUGGCCCUUGUUCUUCUGCAGAUUGGAAAAAUCUGCUUAAGGCCUAUUGCCUGUACUGCAGUGGUAUUGACAUCUGUGCGUUUGCAGUGGUGUUCCAGUUAAUGACAUGAUGUGCAGAAAUUUAGACGUGUUUUCCUAGAUACUGGUACCAUAUUUGUGGGUAGCAAAGAAUUGCAUUGUACUGUCACUACCAGUAGCUUUCAAGAUGGUAGCAAACUUUUUUUUAAUGACUAGAUCUUUUGCAUUUCCCUGGCAACUGACUUCAUGUGUUAAAUACAAGUGUUACUGAAUGUUGUGUCAUCCCCCAGCCCUCCAAAUACCUGCAAAUUGACUCUGAAAUAGCAUUUUCAUUACAGGUACUGCUGGCAUGCAGAUUUUCCCUUCCUUGUUACUAUAGUGAAUAUUUCAAUACUUCUUUAACUGAAAUAUUAAUUCUAUCUAGUAUUAGAUUAUUUCAGAGGGUGAUGAUUUAAGUAUUCAUCUGUGAAAGAAUUCCUUGGUGAUAAAUAAAAUUGAUUUUUAAGCAGAUAUAUAUGUGCAUAGUAAAUAAGUUGGCAUUGCAAAUGAUGUAGGAACCGGGAGCGUAAAAUAGAAUGCUUUGAAACAGAUUUGAAUGUUACAUAUUUGGAAAAUUGAGUAAGUCUUCCAAGAAACACAGGACUGGUAUUCAUUGAUCAGAGUGACUGUCUUCUAAUACCUGCAUGUGAAUAAGGAUGCUGGAUUGAUUGAAAUAAAUCCAUGUUUUCUCCGUGCUCACUGGCAAAAUGAACUGUUGUGAGAUAGUAGACUGCCACCUGACCCUCCUAGGCUGACAGCUGUACUACUUCUGAUCAAGAGAGAAGGAACGUUGCAGGUUUCUCAAGUGGUUUUUUACUCAUUUUUUUCUAGUGGUCAGAUGUGUAGAGAACCUUAUCUUUAGGCAGACCAGUGCCUGUUACUUGACUGUGGAUGUAAACAAGUGGAAAUGGAAAGGACAGAUUCUCACUGAUCUUUGCUUCGCCAUGAAUGACGCUGUUGAGAAUGUUUUCUUUGAUUGUGAGCACCGUGUUCAACUUGAUAUUUUACUACUUUCUCAAACGGAUGAAAUACACUUUAAAAACUGUAUAACAGGUGAUACUGAUAUUUUGUGCAGAUCCCACUGAAUUUGCAGCAUACAUGGGAAAAUUUGGGAAACUCUUGAUUCCUAUCAGUCACCCAUUUCAUUUUUUUAAGAAACACAAAUUAUUUUGUGUUCUCUUCAGAAGCCGUGAUUAAUUUCACAGUAUCUAGGUUCCUAUUUCUAUUGGAAUCAUCAGGGAUACUGACUUUGCAAAUUUAGUGUAUUAUAUUCUAACCACUGUUUUUCUCUGUGCUAUGAUGCUAAUAUUUCCUCUGCUUUGGAGCCAUGCUGUACUUGAGUGCCAGCUAAACAUUGAUCUUCUCAUGUUCUGAUCAUGCUGAUAGAUGAGCCUACUGAUGAGGGCAUUAGUCCUAAAUAGUCCUUUAAUAUUUGGUGUACAGUUAUGAUAAUCUGAUAAAAGCAUUGAUUAAAGCAGAAGUUUAAACUUCUAUUUUUAUCAAGUUUGAUUUGUCAGUAACUAUUUUGAUAUGUUUACCAAUUAAUUUCUAGUCCACCUGAAUGAAAGUGCAGUGUACGGUAGAGCUUAGGCCUGUGUUUUAAGGACUAUGCUUUUUAUGACAGUGUUUUUAUUAGGUUAUAUUGAGACAAAAUAGAGCAGUUAGCUGAGAAAGCUAAUCCCCAAGUCUCUCAAGAAGAUGACCUUGAGAAUGAGAUCUGUGUGGAAGACUAUUGUAACAUAAGUCAAGACUGCUAAAGCUGUAUCCUAAGCAUGCAGUAACACUCAGGUACUUGUCUAAUUGAUGCAGUUGAGAGCUUUUGUUAAUCUCAGAAAUGAAAUUUUUAGACUAAAGAACAUCUUUUUAGCAGUGAUUUCUUUAUAAACUUCAAAAGGAACACUGAGAUAAAACUAAUUAGAUAAACUAAGCUUGGGUUCUUGUUUCUUGCUCUUAUGCUGUCAUUCUGCACUGUAUGAAGACUUCUUAAUUUGCCUGCUUGUGAUGUUUUUAUUAGAAAGGCAGACUGAAGGAAAUGGAAUUACUGAGUUGCAGGUUUUUCUACUCUUUAACCAACUUAAGUACAAGACUUUGAAUUAAUAUUGAAUAGUACUCUAGUGGUCCAACUGUAGUGAUUCCUUAAAUCGCCUUAGUCCACAAAGCCUGAUGCUCUUAAGCAGCAAGUUGAUACCCAGCCCGGUUCAGGUCUAAAAGGCUCAUAUGGGGGACUAACUCCAUCCAAACUUUAAAAAAAAUAAAGGUACAGUGAAAAGGUACACUUUUUUUCCCAAUUCAGUGUAGUUAUUUUUACCUCAAUCUUAAUUAAAAAAAAAAAAAAAAAGGUGUGAUGUGUUAUGUGAUAGUGCUGUGCUUUCUGUGCUAAUAAAUUCAAAGAACUUAUUUCUGAGGAUGUAGUUAUUCAGGACCUUUAUUACUUAAAAACAGUGUUACUUGUUCCCAAAAUAUAAUGAUGUUAAAAUGGGUAAUGCCCAACAUAGGCAGAAUUCUGAGUUUAUGGGAGUCUCAAAUUUCAUCAAUACCUUUGUAUCACCCAACUUUUAAACUGGGCAAAUGUGGAAAUUUCUAUGAGGUUACUCUAAGAUUAUGUUUCUGUACUACUAUACAUGUAUGUCAGAAAAUAGUACUGCUUUCAUCUCUUAAUUUGUUGCGUGACUUAGUCCUGUGCUAGCUUAUUUUGUAAUAUUGUCAUCCAUGCCUAGCAGUGCAUUUUGGGUGCAUGUACAGGCAUUCUUAGAACAUUCAGGUUAAAGUUUGUUGAAGGUGGGGAUGUUUAUGUUACACAAUACUAUUUUUCAAAUAUAAAAAGAGCAGAAAAAUGGGUAUUAUUCUACAAUGGUGACAAAUCAAGAAAAACUAUGGAUAAUUGAAAAUUUUAGUUUUACACAUGUGCACUGAUUAUUUUCCUUAAUCAGACAAAAGCAGAUACCUACAAUGUGAGUGUUCAAGCUUAUGUAAACGAUUUGAAGAGAAAUAAAUUAUGUAGAUCAUAUAUGUCCAUAUACAAUAUUAUCAAUAGAUGUAUAACGUAUACAAUAUAUCAUCAGUAUAGGAUAAAUACUUGCAGUUUCACUUCUGAACAGCAAGCUUUUGAAUUGCAUUUCAAAACAAAGCUGCUGGAGGCAAAGUUCUCCCCUCUUCGCCCUGCAUCAGCUGCUGCAGGUAACAGAGGAGGCGCUCGCUGUGUGCUGGGUACUUGGGCCAUCGCUUCCUUCUGCCUGUUUCUCACAAAUCAGUAUGAGACAUCCCGGCAUCAACUUCCCCUUUUUCCUGCCAACUUCAAAUCUGCUUUUCAGUCAUUUUGUUCUAUUUAAUGAAAAUCAGUCCAUCAGUUUAAGAAAGCGUGAGGAUAACUUACUCCGUUUCAAAGCUGUGAACAGUUCCUUUGAGAACAGGGUGAUUAUGAAUAGAGACAAUGCCUGCAACAGCUUUGGGAAAGGCCACAGUGGGCAGUAGUGUACUUUAUAUCAUAAGUCUUUCUGAGUGAAGUUUUGGUAUCACAAAAAGCUCAGACUCUGUGUACAAAGGGUCCGUUAAGUCUGAUACAAAAUACUAAGGCAAAAGGGUUAUCUCUGAGGACUAGGAACUUGCAAAUAAUUUUGAGCAUGUGUCCUAAAAACUUCUUGUGUUAAAGGAAAUCAAUUUCUGUGUGAUUUCUGUAGCACAGCAGAAAGAAAGGUCUGCUUCAGCUUUCAAAAUCACUGUAAUUAAUUCCAAGGUUUGUAAACCUUUAAAAAGGGGGGGAGGGGGGUGACGGAUGGAUGUCAAACCCACAACCAAAACACUGAAAUUGUUUGGGUUUUUUUUUCUAUUGAAUUAGAGGGAGCAAUUAAACAGAUUUGGAACAACUGUGUCCAAUUCUAGUUCGUUACAGAUGCCAAACUUUCAGACAAUUGUUAUGCCUGUGGAAUAGAAGGGGUUUAUUAAGGGGGCAGAGUCACCAUUUGUGGCCCAUCUUGCUAAUAAUACACCAAGUCCUAAUGAGGCCAUUUCCUAUUCUUCCAUCAUUUGUUCUGUUAAGUUCUAAUGAUCUGUUAACAUCAUCAGCUUGACUGCGGAAAGCUGCUCUGCUCUUCUGAGUAGCGUGGAGUUUUUUGGCAUAGUCUGAACAAGGCUGUUUUGCUUUUUAUUCUGUGAUAAUCAUCACAUGGGGAAAGACUAUGGCUUUUGUGUUUGACAUAAUAUGCUGGAGAGGAGUGAGCGUAUGUAUAGAUAUUUGUCUUCAGUGCUUAAAUGCUUGUUGUAUGUUUGCAUCAAUGUUUGUGAAGUGGUUCAUAAAGUUUAUCUUAAUUGGAGGUAGGUCUUUAGACUCUCUUCAUAAAUUUUUAAACCAUCCAAUAAAAAUUCUCUCAGGGCUAGCUUGCCUGCUUUAGGAUAUACAUGGAAUAUUAUGUCCUAGGAACCUGCGCCCCUGUUUCCAUUUGACAGGACUGGAGACCUGCUGAAGAGACUGACAGGAGAUGUACAAAUUAAGCAGAUUCUCUAUACCACAGAUAAAUGCAGUAUAUUCAGCAGUCCCAAGACCAUUCACAGAGAUGAAUUCUCUUGCCCCCUCCCCACAGCUAAUGUUAAUUGCAAGUGCCAUUUUAACUUGAAAAAUCACAAAGAUGUGAAGGAAGCCAAUUCUUUGCAGGAACCUUGUAUGAGUGGGUAAAAAAUCUCAAAAUACAGAGCAAGGUCCUUCCCUGAAGUAUUUUUCACAAGUAGGGCACAGAUACCUCUCCAAAAAAACCCCAUUCCUUGUAGGCCCUGAAGGGAAAAUAGAUUUCUAAAUAGUAGUUUCAGCUCCCCAGAAGUUGUGUGAUGCUGAUCCACUGGAGCUGAGUACAUGGGUUUGCUCAGCAGAAGUUGUGUUGUUUUUCCUUACAAUAAAGGGGUUAUAAAUAUUUCACCUUUUAUUUUUUUCUCACAACAACUACUGUGUAGAAAGAUUGUUUUUUGUCAUUGCUCAGUUUCUCCUUUAGCAAGGCAGGACCAACAGCCACACCAAAGCAGAUACAACUUAAAAAAAAAUUUAAGAUCAGUUGUUACUUGAUGUUCUGAAUUGAGAUCCAUUGCCUUAAAACGGAAUAAGUGGUUUUCCUAAAGCCCUUUCAGCAGUCUCUGACAUAAUGGUUCCCACAUCUUUAUGCCUACAUCUGUGUGACUGAACAGCAAGAGUAAAUCCAAAUACUUCAG